CCUAUCAAGAGUCAGGUCUUUGUGCACCCAAGCUUCCGUCGCAGAACCAUGAUCGAGAAAGGAGGAACUGAGGGAAUCCAUGCCUCGGUCUCCCUGGAUCUGUCUCGCUCCUGAUCGCAGAACAGAUGGCUGUGGGAGACGAACAGUGCUUGUCGCUCUUUUCCCUUCCUCUGUUCGUCUAUCGUCUCUUUUCGACAGCGACCGGGAUGGCCUGAGCCACGGAACAGUGCUGCCUCCUUCGGCGGAGCUACUGCAGCAUGGUACGGCCAUGUCUUGAGGCGAGGCGUGGUGGUGAGGAGGAAUCGUUCUCAUCCUGCGACGCCUCCUCGGGCAGCGCGUCCCAGCUCCUGGCCGGGCUCCGACGCGGGUCCCCGCCAUGUUCCCUGACGGCCACGCACGCUAGCUCAGUGCACACCACCCUCAGAGCCCGAGGGAGGACGAGGGCUUGCGCCACCGGAGGCCCCGCGGCAGGCACGGCGCCGGUUCGCCAGUGUCGUAGGUGUUCCAGCGGUGGGACCCACAUCCCCUUGGCGGUAGGGGUAAUCGUUUUCUUCUGCAAGUACUAACAUGAUCCAAGAGAGGUUGGGUGGGGUGGUGGAGGAGAAGAACAUCUCCCACCCCGGAGGCCUUCUGAUCGAUCACUCCUCCUCGUCUUCCCCCACGUCUUCUGUUUCCUCUCAGUCGCAGUCAUCAUCCUCAUCGUCGCUGUCGUCGGCCGCUUCGGAGCAGCAGCAGCAGCAGCAGAACAACCUCCGUUGUCCGCGGUGUGAUUCCACCAACACCAAGUUCUGCUACUACAACAACUACAACCUCGCCCAGCCGCGCCACUUCUGCAAGACCUGCCGCCGGUACUGGACCAAGGGUGGUGCGCUCCGCAACGUCCCCAUCGGCGGUGGCUGCCGCAAGAGUAAGGUGGCGCCCGCCAUCGCCCUGGCCGGGGGUUACGGUCGGUCAGGCGCCACCAAGACGAAGCCGGCGCCGUCGGACCUCUUCCUGAGGUCAAACCUGACCUCUGGUCUGGAUAACGAGCUGCCAUCCGGCCCGAUACUGUGCGCUCCCCCACAUACUUCCCACCUGAUGACCCUUUUCAGGUCCACCACCGUCCAAAACCCCAACCCUAACCUCAAUUCUGCAACCCAUAGGGCCUUGUUUGGUGCCACCACAGUGGCCGAGCAAGAAGGCACACUGCAUGCACACAGCCUGAGCUUGGACCCUUUAAGUCAUCUCGGUUUAUGUGCUUCACUGUGCAGGAACAACAACAGCUACUCAUACCAGCAACAGCCGCAGCAGCAGCAGCAGCAGCAGCCUCAGCAAAACAACAACAUCACAGAUAUCCAAGAUCUGUGCCACAGGCUAAAAUCCUCGUCUAGUUGCUAUAACGAUCAGUUGCAGACAGUAGCGAACGACGUCGGCAGCUUCGAUCCUUCUUCUUGUUCCACUGCUGCUUCUGUGAUUACCGCGGCUGGCAUGGCCACGAGUUCUCCAACUCCUAUCAUGGAGCACAUCAGACACUCUCUCGGCGAAUUUGGUCACUGGAAUCAGGCUUUGGCGUGGCCCGAUUUGCCCACUCCUAAUGUCGCAUUCCACUAAGAGCAUCCAGUUUCUAUGAUUACAGAUAUGGGUCUAUGGUUCUACUGUAGUGGUUUAACGUGUGUGUUUAUGUUCUUCAGAAUGUAUUGUUCAUCAAGCUCGAUUAAGAAUCAGAUAGUAUGUUUACUUU